GCCGAGUCAAGACUAAGGAGUCAGAACUCGUUUGAAACUUGCUAGUGAAGAAUCAUCAGACAGUAUAAUACUCUCCUCAUCUUAAGAUGAAUAUAUUCCUGGUGGGACUGAUUCUUCUUGUUAGUGGCUCAUGUUUGGGACAGAGGUCGCGAGACUCAAAAUGUUCUGAGGAUGGCCUCUUUCCUCAUGAGCAAUAUUGUGAUUACUACUAUGAAUGUAAAGAUGGCGUAGAGACACUGCAAGAAUGUCCCAAUGGUCUUGUUUUCAGAGGCAAACGUCGGGGUCUUUAUCAAAACUGUGAUUAUCCAAAACGUGCUGGAUGUCCAGAUGGAAUUCGUACAAUGGGACAAGCCCUUAUUGAAACGGACCACUGUAAAUCGUUGUGGGGUCGUUUCCAGCAUGAGACCAGCUGCAGAAGUUUCUGGGAGUGUUGGAACGGAACAGCAUCGUUUCAUAGAUGCCCUUUCUCUCUCCUGUACAGCUCCGAGCUCGAGGCGUGUGAUUGGCCUAGUAACGUGCAAGGUUGUCAAGCGCAUCCUGUCUGCAAGGACGUAUCACAUGGGCCAAUACCCAUCCCCAAUAGAUGUGUUAUCUACUGGUUUUGUACCAAUGGUUAUCCUCGGUUAUUCCGUUGCGCUUCUCGUCUCGCCUUCAAUCCUACCACCCUUCAAUGUGAAUACGCCGAAAAGGUCCCAGGCUGCGAACCUCCUCCAACAACCCCAGCACCCCGGGAAGAAGAAAACGGACGAGGGCUUAACGACAUCCAGCCAGUACGAGUGCCGCAGACUCCACCUGAGCCCGCUAAUCCCCUGAGCAAUGCAAAGCCUGCUCCAGAACCUCCUGUUAGGACUAACUUAAGGCCCUACCAGGGUCGUAAUUAGUUUCUAGAUUAACGAGUAUGGUGAAUAGAAUAUGCAUUAUUUUAGCUGGCUUAAGCCAUGUAAAUGUAUAUCAACGAAAAGGAUGUAACCUUAUUAUAUCUAUUCCUUGACAACUUUGGUUGAAAUUAUAACACUAAAGAUACACUUUGAAGAAAUAAGACUAUUUCCUUUUUUCUCUAGUAUUUUUUAUCUAACGAGGAUUUUAAACCAUGUUCUAUUUUAAAUAUUUCCAACAGUAAAUAUUUUGAUUUCAGGUUUACUUGCUGUCAUUUAUAAAGAGCUCUUUAACUGUUAUCAUAUUUAAUUCAGUAUUAAAUUUUAACUAAAGUUAGAGCAAGCAACAAGUUAUAAACAUUUGGUCAAUUUCAGUGUUAUUUUUCAAAUGAAUAUUGUCUAAUAGGUUCAGAUGCUUUAGAAAUAUAAUAAUUUAACAGGACUAAAUGUUGCCAGUAAACUUAAGUUCAAAGCAUGCAUAUUAAGUAACAUAAUUUCAAACUGUGGGUAAACUUCACCAAUUCCAGAGAUUUACUGGUGUUAUAUCAGUGCAAAAAGCAUAUAGGGGGAUUUUUUUGCUUGGCUUACACCAUGUGGCUUAGAGUGAUACAAGUAAGAGUGUUAUGUAAAAAUUCUAG